CGCGCGCUCCAUCUUGCACAAUGGACUCCUCCCCGCCCCCGGAGGGUACGUCCGGUUCCCCCUCGGACUUCCUCAAGAACAUUGUCGGCAAGAAGGUCAAGGUUAGGAUCGCAAGCGGCAUCGACUACCAUGGCACCCUCUCCUGCCUCGACGGAUACAUGAACGUCGCACUCGAGAACACGGAGGAGUACGCCCACGGCCGCUUGACGGCCAAGUACGGCGACACGUUUUUGCGCGGCAACAACGUGCUCUACAUCUCGGCGAUGGAGGACCUGUAAUACCGCAUGUAUAUGAUAGAGACAGAACGGGCGUUCAGGCCGAGCGUGGCUGGUCGUUACAAUGACGCUUAGCGCCAGCUCUGCUGCAAAUGACGAUGCUGAGCUCUAACCUCAACCGCACAGAUGUGUGCGUAGGUAAUAGCAUGCCACCCAAAACUACAAUAGUUGUACAUCG